UUUUGUUCAUCCGUAGAUAUAUCACGCGGGUAUUUUCAUUCAUGUCCGAGUGAUAAAGUUUUCUACGUGCCAUAUACACAACACAUUGCUCUGCGGUGUGUUUACUACAAGUAUUCUCUCCGUGGGUUUGUCGGAAACAAUAUUAUUAACGUGCGGAGCCUUCAAACUGACGGGUUUGGGAGCAACGGUACAGCGUCAUCAUCGGUUCAACGACACCUUGUCUGUGUGAUACGCGUAUAUAAAAAGUACGAUUUGUUUUUGGCCCCCGAAGACUGACGUAAUACAUACGUAAUAACGGUAAAAAAGUAUAUAUCACCAAAAAUAUAACCAUAACACACAAGGAACAAGAUGCAGAGCAUCGAGACGUUCGGCAAGUACCAGUUGACGAUCUACGCGCUGAUAACGCUGCCGCUCAUACUGUCGGCGGGAUUUACGCUCGAUUAUGUUUUCACCGCCGGCGAAGUCAAGUACAGGUGUCUAGUUCCGGAAUGCGAGGAUCCAAAGACGGCGACGAUCGGGGGCAAGUCGUGGCUGAACAACUCGCUGGCCCCGGAGAAUUGCAUGCGCUACCCGGCCCGUGUACCAGCGGUGACGAGCGAUUGCUCGGAUCCGGGCUUCUUCGACAGAAACAGGACGAUACCUUGCGACGCUUGGGUCUACGAUCCCAACGAGGUCACCAUACACAACGAGUGGGGUAUAACGUGCGACGUGAAUCGGUGGAAGCUCACCCUGGUCGGUACCCUUAACAACCUGGGCCAGCUGUUUGGCCUGACUUUUGCCUCGACCUUCUCGGACAAGUACGGCCGGAGAACGGUGCUCUCGACGAUAACCGGCCUUGCCGGUCUCAGCGGCCUCAUCCACUCGUUCUCCGUCAACUACUGGAUGUUCAUCACCUUCGAGUUCAUCGACUCGUGCUUCACCGCCGGCAUUUACAGCGCUACCUUCAUCUACGCUAUGGAAAUGACGGGGGUCAAACAGAGGAUCUGGGGCAGCACGUUGCUCGCGUGCAUCUACGCGGUCGGCAACAUGUGGCUCGGUUUGAUCGCCAUGUGGGUCGGAAAUUGGAGAGUCAUCAUGAGGAUCAUCUACGGGCCCGGUUUGCUCGCGAUUUUCCUCAUGUUCGUACUACCCGAGUCCGUGAGAUGGCUGUUGGCCAACGACAAGCGCGACAUGGCCGAAAAGGUGUACCGGAAAAUGGCCUCGGUCAACAAGCUCGACAUCACCGAGGAAGCCUUCCUGGAGCUCAAGAGCACAAACACCAAGGAAGCGGAGAGCAAAAAGUCCGGCAAUGAGGAGGAGGAGGGCGACACGAUGGCCAAGGGGGACGAGCCGCGUAUCGCCCAGAUCCGGCGCAGUCCCAAGAUACUCCUUAGGCUGUUGAUCUGCUCGUUUUGCUGGCUGACCAACACGUUCGUCUACUACGGGCUGUCUCUCAACUCGACCGAGUUCGCCGGCAACAAGUACACCAACUUCAUCCUCGUCAGCGCGAUCGAGAUACCGAGCAACAUCGUCGUCGUGCCCCUGCUCAACCGGGCCGGACGCAAGCCCACCCUGUGCGGCUCCUUCAUCCUCAGCGGGCUCUUUUGUCUGGCCAUUCAGUUCGUCCCGAAGCACACUUACGGUAUUUGGCCCACGAUAGCUCUCGUAAUGUACGUGUGUGGCAAGGGCUGUAUAUCCAUAUCCUUUUCGACCUCGUACGUCUACACGACCGAGCUCUUCCCGACGACGCUUCGUCACUCGUUGCUCGGUAUCUGCAGCAUGACCGGGCGCAUCGGCUCGAUCCUUGCGCCCCAGACGCCCCUACUGGCCAAGUACAUAUUCGAGGGUCUGCCGCUGGUGUUGUUCGGCAGUAUGGGCCUGACGGCGGGUCUGAUGUCGCUGAGUUUCCCCGAGACGCUGGGCAUGAAGCUGCCGGAUACGAUCGAGGAGGCCGAGCGGAUUGGCCAGAGGAAGCCCGAAAAAUCGGCGAGCAACGGUGUCGUUGGAUCGGCCGCCUAGAUCAUCCGUCGUUGCUCGUGUGUUUCCAAAAUCCGAUGCAAUUAAUAUAUAAUGUACGUAUAUACAAACAGUAUACGUAUGAUGUUGCAAAAAAAAAAAAAAA